GGCUAAAAGGUUCACUGCAGCGGCUUCAGCUGGAUUAUGUCGACAUUGUGUUUGCAAACAGAAUGGACGCCAACAGCCCCAUGGAAGAGAUUGUACGAGCCAUGACUUAUGUGAUCAACCAGGGGAUGGCUAUGUACUGGGGUACCUCUCGGUGGAGCGCAAUGGAGAUCAUGGAAGCGUAUUCAGUGGCAAGGCAAUUCAACCUCAUCCCCCCUGUAUGUGAACAAGCAGAAUAUCACAUGUUCCAGAGGGAAAAGGUGGAGACACAACUCCCGGAGCUCUACCACAAAAUUGGGGUCGGAGCCAUAACCUGGUCUCCUUUAGCGUGUGGACUGAUCACGGGAAAAUAUGAGGACCGAGUCCCUGAAAACUGCCGUGCUUCCAUGAAG